CGCCCAAGCCCGACCCGCCGCCGGAGCGUCUUUGCCCGCAUGGCGGCUUCCAACCGGCGGCUGCCAUGAACGGCGACCGCAGCCCCGCAGGAAGGGAGCCUCCCGCCGCCGCCGCCGCCGCCGCCGCGCGACUCCCGGCGUCCCUGAGGAGGCGCCACCCGGGCGGCCGCAGGCAUGGAGCGAUCCUCAAGGAUGAUGUUUGCAGGGAUUCGUGCUUCCAUUUUGAUUUGUGGUUUUAUUUCACUCUGCAAAACUGGGUCCUGGACUUUGGCCGGCCCAUUGCCAUGAUCGUCCUUCCCCUGGAGUGGUUUCCCCUGAACAGGCCGAGCGUGGGGGAUUAUUUUCACAUGGCCUAUAAUAUCAUCACACCCUUUAUUCUCCUGAAGCUGAUGGAGCGCUCUCCCAAGGCUCUUCCCCGGUCCAUGGUGUAUCUCUGCAUCAUCAUAUUCGUCAUGGGGGCCAGCAUCCACCUGGUGGGCGACUCUGUCAAUCACCGACUGAUCUUCAGCGGCUACCAGCUCCACCUGUCCGUCCGAGAGAAUCCAAUCAUCAAAAAUCUCAAGCCGGAGACUCUGAUCGACUCCUUUGAACUGCUCUACUAUUACGAUGAGCACCUGGGACAUUCCAUGUGGUACAUCCCCUUCUUUCUCAUUCUGUGCAUAUAUUUUUCCGGCUGCUUCAUACCCUGCAAAGAACAACAGCCGAGAAUCCCUGUGGCUGCUUUACUCCUCAUUGGGCCCAGCAGCCUCUAUUACUGGUACCUGGUGACGGAAGGCCAGAUCUUCAUCCUCUUCAUCUUCACCACCUUCGCCCUGGUGGCCCUGGUGAUGCACCAGAGGCGGAAGGGCCUCGUCAUGGACAGCAACGGCCGCUUCCUCUUUUACUCCUUCCUCCUCGCACUGGGGCUGGUGGCCCUCUGGAUCGGCUGGCUCUGGAACGACCGGAUCCUCCGGAACAAAUACCCCGGCAUCAUCUACGUCCCUGAACCCUGGGCCUUUUACACCUUGCACUGGAGGGAUCUGCCCCCCACGAAGGCCGAGAGCUUUUGAUGCGGUGGCUGCUAUGUUAUUUUGGGGGCACGGGGUCCUUUGGGCGAGCCAGCAGGGUUUGGGGUGGUGCCCGCAGAGGCCAGAGAAGGGAGGCUCGGCGUUCCUCCCGUCCACGGCUGUUAGGCCCACAGGAGCCUGAAUCUGUGCGUGGAUUAAUUUGGAAGCAGGUUCUCCCAAACUGGGGGCUCCUCCAAAUCAGUCUUCAUUGGGAGCCCUAGACCAGAACAAGGGCUCUGGGAAGACCCCUUGGAACCUGAACGAGAAUCUACCCAAUCUGCUGAUCUGACAUUCCUUUUGCACCAGGGUUUGUAUUUUCCCCCCAUGGUUUAAGUCCUGUGUGAUUGAGGAGAUGUCUGGUCUAUGUAGAGUUUGUCAGAGGAUGUUGGCUGGAGAAGAGAGCCCUGGAGACCCUGUCUGACUUCCGAUGUUCAACCUGUCCCCUCAUUUUACCUCAUUUUGCCUUUUCCAAUCUAUGCAGAGAUGGAAGAACCUCUUAUUUCGUGCCGCUGCUCACUCUUGCUAAGUACGGUACGACGGCCUCUGCCUUCCGUUCUCAACCAGGUCUUUGAUAGCUAGUUUGGUUGUUUACUCCUCAGGUUCAUGGUGCAGGUAGAUAGUAUUAAGUCUGGUGAAUUUUGAAACGAGAUAAAAGCACUGAAGAUUUUGACUUCCAGCCUCCUGGUUUUUGCGCUCACUAACAUGCACAAGCAGCCGAUACGGCUGGAAAGGAGAGAGAUUCAGUCAGCGGUGCAAAAAGCAUCAGGUACUGCAAACAUGAGAUUAGGAGUAACAGACCUGCAAGAGAGGCUGCAAAGGGAGGUCAGAGAGCAGCCACCACAUGCAAAGAGGCUGUCUGGCCCUGUACAGGUAGUCCUCAAUUUGCAACAGUUUCAUUCAGUAACCAAAGUUACAACAGCACUGGAAAAAAAAAGGAACUUAGGACCAUUUUUCACACAACCAUUCCAGCAUCCCUCUGGUCACCUGGCCAAAAUUCAGGUGGCAGCUGACUCGUAUUUAUGACCAUUGCAGCGUCCAGAACUCAUGUGAUCCCCUUUUGCAGCCUUC